CUGUAUAAAACAGCGCUCAGGGGAUUCUCCAGUGAGUGAACGAUGACUCUCAAACUAUUGCUGAUAGUGGCAGUGACAGUUCCAGCGGUGCUGUCUUUUCACGAUAACGACACAACGUUGGAAAUUUACGCCAGAUGGAAGGCUCGGCUCGCCAAGGAGCAUCCCGAGUGCACCCAAGCGACGGGCGCAACCGAGGGGGAAGUGAAUCAAUUCUUUGACCUGCUUCUGCUCUCCCCGACGAGCACGUUUAAGUGUUUCCUCAACUGCAUGUACGAGGGAUUUAACUUUUUCACAGACGAUCGGAGCAUCGACAUCGACGAGCUUAUCAGGGACGUGGAGCACGUGACCGAUCACAUGGUCGAUGUCUGUGUGGGAAAGUACGACAAGGCGACCGAAAAAUGCGAAAAAGCGUACGAACUUGCUUUCUGUCUUACGCAUUACAACAAUAUUUACAAAGUGCAAUUGGCUGAUGAUUCUGAUAGUUGAUCAAAUAAAGUUAAUUGGUGGUUGAGGUUUUUCUA